CGAUCAAUGGGUCGAGGAAAGAUAGAGAUAAAGAGGAUUGAGAACAACACAAAUCGACAGGUGACAUUCUGCAAGAGAAGAAAUGGACUACUGAAAAAGGCAUAUGAACUUUCAGUUCUAUGUGAUGCUGAGAUUGCUCUCAUUGUUUUCUCUACUCGCGGUCGCCUCUAUGAAUACUCUAACAACAAUGUAAAGGCAACUAUAGAACGAUACAAGAAGGCAACAGCAGAAACGUCUAGUGCGUACACUACUCAAGAGCUCAAUGCACAGUUUUACCAACAAGAAUCAAAGAAGUUGCGGCAACAAAUACAAUUGAUGCAGAACACAAAUAGGCAUCUGGUGGGUGAAGGGCUGUGCUCUUUAAAUGUGAGGGAACUGAAGCAAUUGGAGAACAGACUUGAACGAGGCAUUACAAGAAUUAGGUCCAAAAAGCAUGAAGCAAUACUAGCUGAGACUGAGAAUUUGCACAAGAGGGAAAUUCAACUUGAACAGGAAAAUGCAUUCCUUAGAUCAAAGAUAGCAGAAAAUGAGAGGUUGCAGGAACUAAGCAUGAUGCCAUCUGGUGAGCAAGGUGGGCAAGAGUAUAAUGCAUUUCAACAAUAUUUAGCAAGAAAUAUGCUGCAACUCAACAUGAUGGAAACUGCACUACCAUCUUAUGAUCCAUUGUCUCCUGAUCACAAAAGGUAAAUCCAUUUCUACUGUGGAGGAAGGAAUGUGCUCUUUUCGAACAUAUAAUAAUCUUUACUACCUUAUUUUCAUGUUUGCUAUUAGUAUUACUUGUAAACUCUGGACACCUCAGCUUUUUUUUCCAAUAGACCCUGCAUCAUUUCCUAAAAUUUGGGGCUUAGUUAUGGAAUU